UUAUUUAGCUCCAUCAUGACGGGAUCUAUGGCCGCGCUCUCACUUUUGCUUCUCUUGGGCUCUCUUCUCACGAUGGUCCAGUCCGACACCAAGUUUGCCUCAAAGCUUUUCAGUGUGCUGCACAAGACUAGCACUGUUCGGUAUGUCGUAUUCUCGCCGCCGUCAAUUAGGUCAGCCCUUGGCUUGGCAUACCUGGGCGCAGAAGGCACCACUGCAGAGGAGCUAAAGCGGGCCCUCUUAUUGGAAGGUUCCGACAAGAAUGACAUGGCCCAAAGAUUCGCUCAUCGUUUGGCCCAAGAACAAAAACAGUAUGGGGAUGACGCUCAGUUCAGCUAUGCCAACCGUAUCUACGUGGCCGAGCGGUACAGGCUUAUUCAGGCUUAUCAAGAGUUGGCUGGUAAAUACUUUAACGCAUCCGCCGAGAAUGUGAACUUCGCGGAGAGUAUAAAAAUUCACGACGAAAUCAAUUCCUGGGUGCGGGAGCAAACCCAUAAGCAAAUCAGUUUCCUCUUCAGAUCUCACAAACACAUCAGCUCGGACAGUGCCGCCAUCCUGACCAAUGUGGUCUACUUCAAAGCCAGUUGGCUAAAGGGUUUCCACCAAUUUCAGACAAAGCCUUUUGGCUUUGUGUCCAUAGAUGGCCAAAAGCAUAGCACGUACACCAUGUUUCAGUGGGAGUUUUUUAGGUACGCCGAGUUGCCAUCUCUGAAGGCCACGGCUUUGGAAAUGCCUUACAAAGGAACGGACAUUGUGUUCCUGAUCAUUUUGCCUUUAGAGGUGCAGGGACUGUAUGAACUCGAGGAGAAGCUUAGUGUUUUGGACCUGAACGAGAUAAGUUCGCAAAUGAGAAGGGAGCACGUGCAGCUGCAGAUUCCCAAAUUAAAACUAGAGUUUGAUGUCUCCCUGCAGCCUGUCCUAGAUCAGCUGGGUAUAAAGACCAUGUUCGGUCCCAAUGCCGACUUUAGUAGCCUUGCCAAGGGCCGUGACAUAAAGAUCUCCGAUAUGGUUCACAAGGCCUACCUCGAUUUGAACGAGAACGGAACUGCUGACGCUUCCGCAGGCGCUCCAACUUCUUGGCUUUUGUCAAUCCUGUUAAUGGAACGGCCGACAAAACCGUUCAUCGUCGAUCAUCCUUUUUUUUUCGCCAUCAAGGACAAGCAGACUAUCUUUUUUUUGGGUCAUGUUACCUCACCAUAUUAACAGUACAAUGUAGCUUUGAGUCCAUGAAAUAAAAGCCAACAUAAGCAGCA